UACUUUUGCUGUUAUCUUGUCCUUUGCUUCUGAUUCCUAGAUGUUAAACCACGUUUGAAUCCACAGACGUAGGUGGUGGACAUCCAGUAGUCUCCAGUGGAUUAAUGCUUUCAGUCUACUAUUUAUAUGGCCUCUCUACCCGUCCAGUGCAGGCACGUGCAUGGUGUCCAGUUGAGGUCAGGGUGCCACAGCGGACUGCAGGACCUUUAUGACGAUGAUCCCGGUGGCUAUAAAUGGAGCGUGAUGGUGGGAAGCGGGGUCAGCAGCACGUGGGCGUCCCGUGUCAUAGUCACGACGGUGGCGGUGGCAGCGAUGGCCGCGUCUGCGAUGGUGCUGGGCGCACGGUAGACACGCAGUGCUGGGGGGCUCAGUGAAUGAGUAGUAGCAGAUGUGCUCAGGAAGGAGCGGUGAUGCUUGUCAUGGACAAGAAGAGAGUCGUGUGCAGCUGAUCUUCCUCAAACCAGGGCAAAGCUAGUUGCGGGCAAAUUCAUGGCUCAGUCCUCCGGGGUCACCCAGCCCUUGUCUUUGGUGCAAAUGAAGCUGAUAGGGAAGUCUCUUGCCAAGGCAGUUUUUAGGAAGGAGACACUUCUGGGGUCCCCAAGGUGUUACUGUCCGUGUGUGCCCGAGAUUAUGGGAGGUGGGCUCUCUCUCCUUGGAGAAAGCUCUCUGGAACUUGAAGACACUGGACUCCAGAGCCCAACAAUUAGGGUUGCAGGGCUGAGAAAAGGUGUUUGAGAAACAGUGUGGAUCUGCAUCACUUUUCCCGUGCCCCACUUCCUGCCCCAGAGGAACCCCUUGGAGAUGGCUAGUCACACCCGGCAACCCCAGGGAGCACACAGCAAGGAGCCCCAGGGAGACCAGUGUGUCCCGGAGCAUGAGAUAUAAGUAGGGCAGAGUCUUGGGGGGCAAGUGAUGUUGAGGAGGGUGCCAUGAGUGUUAAUGUCAUCCACACGGUCAGGUAAUGGGCAAGGACAGGGCAGCAGGGGUGAGUGUAGUAGAAGCAGAGGACCAGGGGAGAGCGUCGAUCUUUCCUAGAAGAGGUUCGUUAGGGUGAAGGGUGUGGGAGGAGAACUCUGGGCAUGUUAGUGUAGAUCGCGUCCCUCCCCCCUCCCCCCAAACCAUUUUUCGGGGACUUUAGGGGACCAUAAAUGCUCUGUGUUGUAAGAGUCUUAGAAAACAUCUGUUCAGCACUGUUUUUUGUUUAUUUUAGGGAAGUUGAGGGUAUGUGAGGAGAAGUUGCUCAGCUCAGGGUGCCCUGCCGGUCAGUGACAGAGCAGGUGCUAAAACCAAAUCGCUGAUUCAGAGAAGGCUCUUCUUUUUAUGCUAUAGGACUUCUUGCUUGGGACUUUUGACCUUACGGUUUUCCUCUCUAAGGGAUCCCAGUGCAUGUCUCCUGUGCAGAUCAUACUUCAAAAGACUUGGUGAGUCUACUAAGGGAGGUACCGUCGGGCACCGCGGACCUCAGAUGUCAGGGACUGUUGUCAGAGUGCCCCCAUCUCUGCCAUUUCCCACCUCUCCUUCCAGCCCUUAUGGGCACGGUCUAUAAACUCCAGUGGGGCUUCCUCAAAGAGGCCCUGGAAGUCACCUUUAGGGGAUGACUUCAUUCUUCUCCACAGCCCAGUUUUGCUGGUUGUUUCAUCAUCGGAAACUAUAGGAAGGAUAGAGGUAGGAAUUUUCUUGCCUCUCCUAUUUGCUGAUGGGGGACUAGAGACAAGAUCCAGAUGCCCAAGUAUCUGGAACCCAAUAUUAUAAAUUAGAGAGGAUUCAACUGGGAUCAGGAGCCUUGGUUUCUAGUUCCAGCCCUGUCAACAGCAGAUUCUAUGAUGUGGGUCCGUCCACUUCCGCCCUUGGGAGUGCAAUUCCUCUAUUGUGAAGGGACUGGCAUUGGUUAGACAAUGUCAGGUUGCUGCUAGGUGCUCACACUUCGUGUUCUUGGCACCAGGAAGACUUUUCCAAAGAAAGGAAGAUCCUGAAGUACUUCCUAGGUAUGGAUCCACUCAACCACACGUGGACCCAGAGUUUCAUCCUCUCUGGUUUCAGUGUCCCCGGAACUCUGCGACCUCUUGCCUUCUUGGGGACCCUGUGCCUCUAUCUCCUCACACUGUCCGGGAACCUCUUCAUCGUUGUCCUGGUCCAGGUGGAUGCUGGACUGUCCACGCCCAUGUACUUCUUCAUUGGCGUCCUCUCCUUCCUGGAGCUCGGGUACGUCAGCGCCACGGUGCCCACGCUGCUGCACACGUGGCUCCGUGGGCGCUCAGCCAUCUCGGCAGCGGUGUGCUUCAUCCAGCUGUACGUCUUCCACUCUCUGGGCAUGACCGAGUGCCAUCUGCUGGGCGUCAUGGCACUGGACCGCUACCUGGCCAUCUGCCGCCCGCUCCACUACCGGGCACUCAUGACCAGAAAGGUCCGGUUCUGGCUGGCAGGGGCCGCUUGGGUGGCUGGCUUCUCAGCGGCACUGGUGCCAGCCAGCCUCACGGCCACCCUGCCCUUCUGUCUGAAAGAGGUGGCCCACUACUUCUGUGACCUGGCACCUUUGAUGCGGUUGGCAUGCGUGGACGCAGGCUGGCACGCUCGAGUGCACGGGGCGGUGAUUGGUGUGGCCACUGGCUGCAACUUCGUGCUCAUUUGGGGACUCUACGGGGGCAUCCUGAGGGCUGUGCUGAAGCUGCCCUCGGCUGCCAGCCGGGUCAAGGCCUUCUCCACCUGCUCCUCCCACAUGAUCGUGGUGGCCCUCUUUUAUGCCUCCGCCUUCACGGUCUAUGUGGGGCCACCUGGGAACCGCUCUGAGGGCACAGACAAGUGUAUCGCCUUGGUGUAUGCCCUUCUCACUCCUCUCCUCAACCCCAUCGUCUAUACCCUUCGCAACAAGGAAGUGAGGGAGGCCGUGAAGAGGGUCACUGUCAGGGUCAGGACUAUUCUGAAGGGACCCUGACGGGCUGAAUUGGUCACAGCUCAGCUGCUUGGCUGCAGUGGGAACCGGCCGGUUGGUAGGUCAAUCAUCUGGUCAGGGUUGAAGUCCACACCAGUGAACGAAUCCAUCAGAUUAUCUGUCGAACGUGCUGCAGAUGCGCACUCAGGGGGACAUACUUGGUUCAUCAGAGGUGAACUUGUAGGGAGAAGGGAGGUGUGUGUUCGAUUCCAUUCCAAUCUAACGGGGGAAAAAUGCCACAGAGGAGAAAGGAAAAAACCAGGGACCCCAUGCAAAUGCUUCUGCCGAACUUCCAACCUGGGGAGAUAGAGCAACGCUGAGCAGAUGAAGAUGAUCUAAAGCUAAGGUGGGGGCAGAGCGUUGCCCAGAAGAAAGGGUGGGAGAGUGGAAAACAGGAGCCCAAAGCUAUGGCUCCCAGGUGUGAGCACAGGCAGAGCCAGGGGUGGUGGGCUAUUGGGUGGGGGAGGGCAGCUCCGUGGCGGGGAGAACACCCCCACCCCGGGAGCAGGAGGCCGGAGGCUGCAUUUUACAGUGUGCUCUCUUGGGGCAAGAGGGAGACGGUGACAACGGGGGUGUUGUCUGAGUUCUCGCCCAAUGUCACGGACCAUUCCGGAGAAGGGAUCCGCAGCCGUGCUAAGUAAACAGCAACAGAAACAAAACCCGAGCAGCAAAGAGCUUUGCAAAUCUUGCGUACUAAGCACUCACCUGCGAAGUAGAAAACAGGUUGAAAGAGAAAGCAGGGUCCGUUCUGUGCCUUCCUCCCCUCGGCUCUUCCUCCUGCCCCCCUCCCCCCCCCCCAAACCAAGUCCUCUGCUGAGCAAAGUCUGAAAGUUAAUGCUCAGGUUCAACCUCCGGACUCUGGUGACAUGUAGACUGAAGGUCAAAUGCCUGCCAAAGCAUGUCAGAGGGUGAGAGACAGGACCCAAAUUUUGGCAGAGCUGAGGCCGCUGUAUGGCUCUUGAAUGCCCUAUCUAUUUUCAUUUUUAUACAAGUAACUGCUAAAAAACUCAAACCAAUUAUGUUUGGUAUGUCUGCCCUAUUUCAGAACACAGUGCUAGCUUCUCUCAAAUGUAUGCCUUUAACCUUCAUAAUAUCCCUCGGAAGAAGGAAGAAGCAUCUGAAUAUCGAUGUGAGGAAAAUAGUACGAUUUCUGGGCUCUGGUGAAGAGACACGGACCAGACCGGGAUCCGUGGGGCCACGGGUCUGAGGGUCAGUGGGUUCACCCUCAUGGGCAUGACCUUGGUGAGACGCACGGUCUUGUCCUCUCUGCGUGAGUGCGUGGCCAUUCAUAUCCCUUCCUGCUUACGGAGCUUUGAUUCCAUGAUUGCAACACUGCUUAGAGAAAGCAGGGCCCGAAGGAGGCCCCCAUGGGUCAGAUCUGGACAUCCAACACAGAGAGAGGAGGGUGUUGGUCCAAACCCCUGGUUUUGCUGCUUUUCGACUAUGUCAAAAAAAGACAGACCAAAAAAAAAAAAAAAAAGUAACUUCUUUUUUACUUCUUUUUUGUUUUCCUUAAAAAAUUCUAUAACCAAGAGUUCUAAAAAUUAAGUGAAAGGACGCAUCCUAAGUGUUCAAUAUAUAAGUUAGCCAUAUUAGUCUUAGAGGCCGGGCAGGGUAGUGAUUUAGAGCGUGGGCUUUACUGGCUAUCUGCCUGGGCUCGGACAUUAAUUCUACCAUUUACUUGCUGUGUGACCUUCAGCAACGCACUUAACUCCCUGUGCCUCAGUUUCCUGAUCUGCAAAAUGAAGACAAUACUAGAACUUUUAGGCACUGUGUAAACACUUACCGUUCCCCCACAUACAGUUCUGCAGUGGAAACUUCUUUCUGUGAGGAUGCUUCGUCUCACACAGAGCUCACAUUUUUCUUAUGGGUGACGUCAGUAGAAUUGGUAACAUGCCGAGCGAGGCAUCUUCCUUGGACCUAAGCAUCCGACGUCAGCGCUGCAGGAAGUCCGUGCCGCCUCCCUAAAUGCAAGGUGCAGCACUCCGUUCUGCUGGCCGGUUAUGUCUUACUUUUCUGCUCUGGUCUUUUCUCUCCUCUUGUACCUCUUUUCACUCAGACAGCUCUUGUCGCGGGUGCGGUUAUGGGCACAAUGGAAACAGCUUUGUUCUCUGCGGGGGCAGCACCAGAGAGUGGCUGGGGGCCGCUUGCCCUUGCAAGGGCUUGGGUCAUGUUCAUUAAUAGCCCUGGGGAUCCCGUCCCUGUGUCUACACUCUGCAGUGUGCCCGGGGGCUCACAAUCCUGUUUUGGAGACAAGCAGUUAACAACUCAAGGCAGCAUCAUUGAUUUCUAGCACAGGGCUUGGUGUUCGAUGAUUUAUGAACAAAUCAGUGAAUAAACGGAUGAGAGUCCCAGGAGCGUCACGGAGAUUGAGCGCCCCUCUUUGAACCGCAGACGGAGACAGGGCCUUACUUAGUCUCUCCACAGCUCCAAACUCCCCUCGCCUUCAUUGUAUCAUCUUUCCCCUCUUGCAACCUCGGGUCCUUCCUUCUACAACCUGCAGUUUGGAUCAUCCCUAGUGCCCUUUCCCCACUGAUACAAAGAACUGGGGUGCUGACUUGCUGACUCCUACCUCUAAAACCUGCCCUUUGAGUGGUCCUGUGGGGCCCGAAGGGGCUGGAGUCCCGGCCUGGCUGCCUCUGGCAGAAACCCAAGGGUUUUCCACAGAUAGCAUCACUUUUAAUGUGUGCUAUGACGUGAGAAAAAUGUUUGAGAAACAAUGCCUGGUUGGGGUGAGCGCUGAAGGCAAGACCCGACUUUGUCGACUUCUCCUUCGGUGACCUCCGGAGAAGACUAGCAGGAGGUGAGAACGAGCCAGCGCUUAUGAUACCAGAACCAGGCUAGCUGGUCUGCACGGGCGUCAAGGCUAACAUUCUGGCGUGCAAAGGGCUUGCCACACCGGCCGAAUGCAUCUGACAGCAAAGGAGGUGUUACUAGUAACUACUCUGGAAUAUCAGGUGUAAUAAACCAGAGAUGUCUGGGGGCAAACAAGGACAUAUGACCGUAGCAUAUCAUUGACGUAACAAGUUUUUUUAAUAUCUACUUUUUUUUUGCUUCAACAGAUAAUAUUCCUGAAGGGCUUGUAACAUUUGCCCUGCAGGAUUAGCGUUUCUAUGUGCAACACUCAGAAGAUGACUAUAUUUCAUAGUCCCUGAUUCUUAGGCGUAAGGCC